UGCCGUUAGAUUGAUCCAUGCUAACAUAUUCCCUUUGUUGUGAUUAGCCGGUUAGCGGUUACUAUUCUUCUUGAAAUAACUUAAAUUGGAAAAGUUUCUGUUUAUAUUGUUUGGAGGAUGAGUGGCGGAGUGUAUGGAGGCGAUGAGGUGGGAGCGUUGGUGUUUGACAUUGGCUCAUACUCUGUAAGAGCUGGCUACGCAGGAGAAGACUGUCCCAAGGCGGACUUCCCCACAGUGAUCGGUGUGACCCUUGACCGAGAAGAUGGCAGCACACCAAUGGAGACUGAUGCUGAUAAUAAGAGCAAGCAGAGUGGGACCACCUACUACAUUGAUACCAACCAGCUGAGGGUACCAAGGGAGAACAUGGAGGUCAUGUCUCCACUGAAGAACGGCAUGAUUGAGGACUGGGACAGUUUCCAGGCCAUAUUGGAUCACACCUACAAGAUGCACUUCAAGUCUGAACCCAGCCUGCAUCCAGUACUCAUGUCAGAAGCAUCGUGGAACACACGAGCGAAACGAGAGAAACUCACAGAGCUGAUGUUUGAACAUUACAACAUUCCUGCCUUUUUCCUCUGCAAAUCUGCCGUGCUAUCUGCCUUUGCCAAUGGGCGGUCAACGGGUUUGGUCCUGGACAGUGGAGCCACACACACCACAGCAAUUCCAGUGCACGAUGGCUACGUCCUGCAGCAAGGAAUUGUCAAAUCCCCCCUGGCUGGAGACUUCAUGAGCAUGCAGUGCAGGGAGCUUUUUCAAGAAUUAAGUGUUGAAAUCAUCCCACCUUACAUGAUUGCUUCGAAGGAUGGAGUGCGGGAGGGAUCCCCAGCUAGCUGGAAGAAGAAGGAGAAGCUGCCUCAAGUAACCCGCUCGUGGCACAACUACAUGUGUAAUUGUGUGAUCCAGGACUUCCAGGCGUCUGUGCUGCAGGUGUCUGACUCCCCUUAUGACGAACAGGUUGCUGCCCAGAUGCCCACGGUACACUAUGAGCUGCCAAACGGAUACAACUGUGACUUUGGGGCUGAGAGGCUGAAGAUCCCUGAGGGGCUGUUUGACCCCUCUAAUGCCAAGGGCUUGUCUGGAAACACCAUGUUGGGAGUUGGUCAUGUGGUGACAACCAGCGUGGGAAUGUGUGACAUCGACAUCCGGCCGGGUCUCUAUGGCAGUGUGGUGGUGACGGGAGGAAACACGCUCAUUCAGGGCUUUACAGACCGACUCAACAGAGAACUCUCCCAGAAAACUCCUCCUAGUAUGAGGCUGAAGUUGAUAGCCAACAACACUACAGUGGAGCGUCGGUUCAGCGCCUGGAUCGGAGGCUCCAUCUUGGCAUCACUCGGAACCUUCCAGCAGAUGUGGAUCUCCAAACAGGAGUACGAAGAAGGAGGAAAGCAGUGUGUGGACAGGAAGUGUCCUUGAGUUUGUCCCCUAUCCCUUCCCAUCACGGUCUUUGCCAAUAUAUUAUCACAAGUCGUUCACCUCUGACCCUGAACUCAGGAACGCCUACUGAUGAUCACCCUUGUUUUGUACGAUUCGUUUUUUUAAAAAGUAUGUCCAAAUGUCUGUCUGGGAUUUCUUGUGAAAACAGACAUGCACAUUAAGUAAAAACUGUCACUAUGAUGAAACUUGGUUUUA